CAAACCAAGUGAAAUUCGAACAUAUCGCUGCUUCAUUAGUUAUGACAUUUAAACAUCUUCUGAGACUUGAAUAUUCACAAACUGAGGUGUAAAAUAUUAAUUUUUUCGUCUAAACAACAAUUCUGUGAGUCAGCGUUGGCUGAGAUGAAUUCUUCUUCAAAACCAAGUCAUUCAGCAAGUAACCUUAUAGAAAACAUGUCUUCAUGAAAUACUAGCUGCUUUUGAUAUUGAAAUACCUACUAAAUUGUAUUCCUCGUAAAAUGGCAUCGGGAAACAAAAGCAUUGAGCAGAAAACGUCUUCAAAUGAUGACGAAAAAGAUUGCUUGGCAUCCGUCGAUGAGCUGGUUGAGAGACUUGAAGAGCAAAAUAGGUUAUUAACUAGUGAUUCUCGAGCACUUACAUCAAUUCCUGACACACCCAAACGAUGGUCMAUACCUGAACCAAGCACACCAGAGACACCAGAAAACAUCGACGAAGUGUGCGAUGAAGGCGACGUAUACCUGGAGUGGGGACAACUGAUGAGUAACUGGGAACACGCAGUUAAAAAGAAACCUAAGAAUGUACGUGAUAUGGUACGCAAAGGAAUACCCAACGCACUCAGGGGCCUGGUAUGGCAGCUAUUGUGUGGUGCWAGGGACUCGCCUUUAAAAGACGAAUACCCAAAAYUAAUCAAGACAAAUUCAGCUUGUGAGCGUAUGAUUAGACGAGACAUCGCAAGAACGUUUCCUGAUCACUCUUUCUUUAAAGAUAAAGACGGCAUUGGUCAAGGGACACUGUUUAACGUUAUUAAGGCUUACUCUGUGUACGAUAAAGAAGUGGGAUACUGCCAGGGAAGCGCGUUUAUUGUAGGAAUAUUAUUGAUGCAGAUGCCCGAAGAGGAAGCAUUCUGUGUUCUUGUCAAACUAAUGAUGGAUUAUCGAAUGAGAGAAAUCUUCAAGCCAACAAUGGCUGAGUUAGGUCUUUGUAUAUAUCAACUAGAAAAUCUUCUACAGGAAACUUUACCGAAUCUAUUUGCGCACUUCCAAGCGCAGGGUUUUCACACGGCGAUGUACGCGUCGUCAUGGUUUYUAACGCUGUUCGCCUCGGUGUUUCCUCUUAAUGCUGCCUUCAGAGUCAUGGAUGUUUUCAUUUCAGAGGGCCGCGAUGGAUUGUUUCGUGUGAUUGUUGCUAUUUUAAUGCUUAGCGAAGAAGAUUUACUUCAACUUGACAUGGAAUACAUGCUCAAGUAUUUUCAGAAGGAAAUGCCCGAGAGAUACGAAAAAGACAUGGACACUGUAAUGAAGGUCGCGUCAGAUUUUAAAUUCAACUCCAAGAAAAUGAAAAGAUUAGAGAGAGAAUACACKCGAGUCAAACAUAAAGAGGCCGAAGAUAACGAAGAAAUACGCCGGCUUAAAACAGAGAACCGACUGUUAAUGCAGAGAAUAGAAGAGCUAGAGCAGGAAUGUUCAAAUUUAGCUGAUAGACUAAUACAGGGGCAAGUAACACGGGCUCAAGAACAAGAAGAAAUCUACGCUCUAAAGAACACGUUAGCUGUAACUAAACGACAUGACAAAGACACAACGUUAGCCUUGGCAGAAGCUAAUAAAAGAAUCGAAGAACUUACUAUGUUUAAGACCCAUAUUCUGAGUGAGCUGUCUAAACGUGAGAGUACUGAGAGGCCAUCUCACCGAGAUAUGAAAAUCAUAGCCAUGCAGGCUGAAAUAGAAGAAUACAGGGUACGAAAUAUCAAAGAUAACCAACAUAUGGACGAAAUGGCCAGGACAAUACAGGACUUAGACAGACCAGGUAUGACUACUAGCAUAGCCAGGACAAUACAGGACUUAGACAGACCAGGUAUGACUACUAGCAUAGCCAUGACAAUACAGGACUUAGACAGACCAGGUAUGACCAAAAGCGGUAGCUAUAGACUUUAAUUGAAGACAAAAUCAAAUUGUAAACAUUUUUAAAAUUAAGGCAGUCAUUUGGAUCAGUGGUACAAAGGUUUUUUAAAGCAACCAUUUUUCUUAAGGAAAUGAAUUUUACAUGUUAAAAAGUACGAGAAGUAACUUACUGACAUUUUGAACGUUAGACAUUCGUUUGAGUAAAUAAUUGUUACUGGAAACGAAAUUAGUUGAAUGAACGGUUUCAAAUAUCUUUCUUCUUUUGUUCUCUUUUGUAUGACCUUCAUUGUGUAUUUCUUGCUGCUAUUGGUACACAUUGGGUUUGUUUUGUACUGAUUGUAUUGUUA